UCUGCUGCCGCUGAUCCGUUCAUCUUGGUGAUUCUGAAAGCAAGAACGAGGUGGACCAGAACGACGGGAAACGAAGAUCGAGCUAAAAGGAUCGAGUGUGGCGAUCUGGGAUGGGGCAGGAGGAGUGUCCUGACGAGUUCGAGGUGGAGGAGGUGAGCGAGAGGCUCAAAUCAUCUCGAACGAGCCGGUUUAAUUUGUUGUCAAUCCAGCUUGGUCUGGAUCGGGACCGCCGGUUCAGCAGCAGCCAGUACGUUCUCAGAGGCUUGAGAGGGUGCACAAGCUUCGUCAUCCGCCCGGAUAACUGGUGGUACCAGGCAUGGGCUCGGUUCAUCAUCUUGUGGGCGGUCUACUCUUCCUUCUUCACUCCUUUUGAGUUUGGCUUCUUCAGGGGGCUUCCCGACAGCCUAGCUUUUCUCAGCAUCGCCACCCAGGCCGUCUUCCUCAUCGACGUCUUCCUUCAUUUCUUCGUCGCCUACAGGGAUGCCCAAACAUAUAGAAUGGUCUACAAGAGAAGAAGCAUCGCCAUCAGGUACCUGAAAUCUGGAUUCCUGGUCGAUAUUCUUGGUUGCGUGCCAUGGGACGCUGUUUACAAGGCCUAUGGGAGAAGAGAAGAAGUGAGAUAUCUGGUAUGGCUCAGGCUAAGUCGAAUAUGUAAAGUGACUAAUUUCUUCCAGAAGCUAGAGAAGGACAUACGCAUCAACUACCUGUUCACAAGGAUAGUGAAACUUCUUGUUGUGGAGCUUUACUGCACACAUACGGCUGCCUGCAUCUUUUACUAUCUAGCCACCACUCUACCAGCAUCACAAGAGAGUUAUACAUGGAUUGGAAGCUUAAAGUUGGGCAACUUUAGCUAUGAGAAUUUCCGAGAAAUAGAUCUGACAAAACGAUACAUGACAUCACUUUACUUCGCCAUCGUCACCAUGGCGACAGUAGGUUAUGGAGACAUACAUGCAGUCAAUACCAGAGAAAUGAUAUUCAUCAUGAUAUUCGUUUCUUUUGACAUGAUCCUUGGUGCUUAUCUCAUUGGUAACAUGACUGCCCUAAUUGUGAAAGGUUCGAAAACAGAAAGAUUUAGAGAUAAAAUGACAGACCUAAUCAAAUACAUGAACAGAAACAAACUUGGCAAGGAGAUCCGUGACCAGAUAAAAGGUCACGUCCGCCUACAGUAUGAAAGUAGUUAUACAGAGGCAGCCGUUCUUCAGGACAUUCCAGUCUCUAUACGUGCUAAGAUCUCACAGAAUUUAUAUAGUUCAGUGAUUGAAAAUGUUCCUCUAUUCAAAGGAUGCAGCUCUGAGUUUGUUAAUCAAAUAGUAGCUCGACUACAUGAGGAAUUUUUCCUUCCUGGGGAAGUGAUAAUGGAGCAGGGGAAUGCUGUUGACCAGCUUUAUUUUGUUUGUCAUGGAAUGCUGGAGGAAAUAGGCAUAGGAGAAGAUGGUUUGGAGGAAACUAUUUUGCAGCUUGAACCUAAUUGUUCAUUCGGUGAAGUUGCUGUUCUCUGCCAUAUCCCUCAACCCUACACAGUCCGUGUUUGUGAAUUAUGCAGACUUUUGAGGCUUGACAAACAGUCAUUUACAAAUAUCCUGCAAGUAUACUUUGUAGAUGGGCGGACAAUCCUAAAUAACCUUCUUCAGGUGAAGGAGUCAAAUGUUCGGUUAAAGCAAUUGGAAUCAGACAUUACGUUUCACAUUGAGAAGAAAGAAGCUGAAAUUGCUUUAAGAUUAAAUAGUUCUGCCUUCCAUGGAGAUCUACACCAAUUGAAGGCGUUAAUUCGAGCUGGAGCAGAUCCCAAUAAGACAGAUUAUGAUGGACGUUCAGCUCUGCACCUAGCAGCAUCAAAAGGCUAUGAUGACAUAACUGCAUUCCUCAUUCAGGAAGGAGUCGACAUCAACCUGAAGGAUAAUUUUGGAAACACACCACUUCUAGAGGCUCUCAAGUAUGGGCACGACAGAGUUGCUUCGUUUCUGCUAGAAAAUGGAGCAUCCUUAAAUAUUGAUGAUGCAGGAAGUUUUCUUUGCCAUGCUGUUGCUAGAGGAAAUUCAGAUUUCAUUAGGCGCCUUGUAUCAUAUGGUGUAGAUCCAAAUGCCAAAGACUAUGAUUAUCGAACACCACUCCAUGUUGCCGCUGCACAGGGACAGAAUUUGCUGGUCAAAAUUUUAUUGGGGGCUGGAGCAGAUGUGCUUCUGAAGGACAGAUGGGGAAACACUCCUAUUGAUGAAGCACAUAGAAGUGGAAGUAAACAAAUAAUGAAAUUACUCGAGACAGCCAAAAGUUCCCAGUUGUCGCAGCUCCCGGACUGCUCCAAAGAAGUCCAAGAUAAGCAUUUGCGGAAGAAGUGCACCAUCCUACCUUUCCACCCGUGGGCUCCAAAAGAGAAGAGAAGGGAAGGAAUUGUGAUGUGGAUACCCGAUACUCUUGGGGAGCUAAUAGAGUCUGCUUCAGAAAAACUCAAUUAUUCUGCUUCAAGUCUCUUGUCUGAAGAUGCUGGGAAGAUCCUCGAAUUGGACAUGAUUUCUGAUGGUCAAAGGUUGUAUUUGGUUAAUAAUGGUGCCAAUGAUACAUGGAGAUCAUAAUUUGAUUGCGAAACGUAAUUACAUAUGUUCAGCCAUACAUGUUUGUACAAUUUAUUUAAUAAUUGAAUCACAUUUACUAUUGU